AUGACCGAUCCUUAUCCACAUGCUCAAUCUUAUCGUCGCUUAAACCAACCUCUGACAUCGUCGUCGUACGCUUCGGUCGCUGCGGGCGCGGGCUCCAACUCGUCGACCGCCCGCUUCGGCGCUCUCUCACACCUCCUCCACCCCGAAGACGACUCUCCGACGCGUUCCAACAUGGCACAGCCCAAAGUUCAAGACNCCUGGCCCGCCAGACCUUAUCUCUCCACCAAGAUGCCCGACCAGGACUCCCCACCAUCGCCCCCACUAUUCAUCCGCCCUUCUUACCUUCGCAACUCGCGUCACGUCGAGAGGCUCGAAACACAUCACAAUCUGGAGCUCGCCGAGUUUGACGACUUGCGGCGACAUCCUCAGACCGCCUCGUCUUCUCAGGAUCUCUCUGCGAACAUUGGCAGUGCGACCAUCCACAGAUCGAGGAAGGAUAUCAUUCAAGAUUAUAUGGCUCGCAACCCCCUUAGAAGUGGUGGCCCGAGGAAAUUACCUACAUCUUGGAGUGACAUAGACAAGUGGCCUGGGCUCGAGCUGUCGGCUGGAGGCACCGAGGUCAAGUUCACUGGCUCUACCAAGACCAGUGAUGAGGCUGCUUCUAUACGCAGUGAUCACCCCAUGCCGGAAGAGGUUGGCAUCUACUAUUUUGAGGUUACAGUCUUGUCUAGAGGGAAAGAAGNNGGUAUGUCCCCUCGUCGCUUUCGUACACAACUUACUAACCAACUGUCUCUUAGCUUAAUAGGGAUUGGUUUCUCUGGUCCAAAGGCUAGCCUGAAUCGCUUACCAGGAUGGGAGCCCGAGUCAUGGGCCUACCAUGGCGAUGAUGGCUUCAGCUUCUCUUGCACCGCUAGUGGAAAGCCCUAUGGUCCCAAGUUUGCAGCCUGGGACGUCGUAGGCUGUGGUGUCAAUUUCGAGGCAGGAAGCGCCUUCUUCACCAAGAACGGUGUCUUUUUAGUGGGUAUGAAGAAGAAUAACGAACAUCUUCGAGUAAAUUUUGGUAGUGCUCCGUUCGUGUUCGAUAUUGACUCUAUGAUGGAGGUGAGGAUUCUGCUUCACUCUGAUGUUGGCAAAUUUGCUAAUUCAGUCCAGAAUCAAAGGAACAGGGUAAAAGCAGACAUCAACAAGACCUCGGCAGACACGCUGGAGACCGCUCGCGAUGAGACAAUGUUGGUACAGGAGCUCGUGGCGCAAUACCUCGCUCAUGACGGCUAUGUCGAAACCGCUCGAGCGUUUAACAGGGAAGUUCGAGACGAAAGGAAGCCUCUACACAUGGACCUCGAUGGCGUUGAGUUGUUUGAUCCUUCACAAGAUCUACACGCCAUCAGGCGACAAAGUAAUUCCUCCCUAUCUCAUACUACACCAACCUUUGUUUUACUGACAAUGCUUCAGGCANUACGCUCCGCCAUCCUAGAAGGCGAGAUCGACAAGGCGCUGAAAUACAUCAACACCUACUACCCACAUGUACUGGAGCGGGUAGAGAACAAAGACGUAUACUUCAAACUUCGUUGUCGCAAAUUUAUUGAGAUGAUCUGUCGAGUCAACGAUCUCUCGGCCACGGAUUUACCAGCGGUCGCUCCAAAAGCAGCUGGCAAGCUUCCUNCAAAGCUGUCGAGCUCAAACGGUACAACGUUCGACCAACAGAUGGAGCUCGACGAUCAACUGCAUCGGGAAUCGCAUGCACCAAUCAUUCCGCCAAUGCCCGUUCCGUCGCCCUUCAACCCCGGCCUACGCUUCGGUGAUGGCGCGAACGGUGAUGAAGGGAAAGAAGACUCGAUGGAUACGGCACCCGACGACUUUCGUUUGGUAACCUCAUCGGCGGAUAGCGAACAGCUACUUGUGGAUGCACUUGAGUUUGGUCAAGAGCUGAAGGCUGAAUUCAGCGAUGAUCCUCGUCCUGCUGUCAGAAAGGCAUUGGACGACACCUUUGCCUUGAUUGCCUAUCAAGACGCCCGAGAAUCUGUUGUAGGAGGGCUCAUGGAAGGCAAAGGUCGAGUCGAGAUUGCCGAGGAGGUCAACAGCGCAAUACUAGGCAAGUCAUUUGACCUUCUCCAACGUCGAGAUUGA